UGAAUCUCCGCCUAAUGUGAACAGAAGCUCCACACUGAGAGGCAGGCAGAGGGCAGCACACACAGCUGAAAGGAAACUCAGAGGAAGAAAUCGCCAGGGAAAGUGGCCAUGGAGCUAAUCCCAAGCUUUUCCGUGGAAACCUGGGUCCUCCUGGCUACCGGCCUGGUGCUCCUCUAUCUAUAUGGAACAUAUUCCUAUGGGCUUUUUAAGAAGUUGGGAGUUCCUGGGCCAAGACCUCUACCUUAUUUUGGAAGCAUUCUGUCCUACCAAAAGGGUAUGUGUGAGUUUGAUGAAGAAUGUUUUAAAAAGUAUGGGAAAAUUUGGGGGGUUUUUGAAGGUAAACAGCCUCUGUUGGUUAUCACAGAUCCAGACGUGAUCAAAACAGUGUUAGUGAAAGAAUGUUAUUCUGUCUUCACAAACCGGAGGGUUUUUGGUCCAUUGGGAAUUAUGAAAAAUGCUAUUUCUGUGGCUGAGGAUGAACAAUGGAAGAGAAUACGGACAUUGCUCUCUCCAACCUUCACCAGUGGGAAGCUCAAGGAGAUGUUCCCUAUCAUUAGGCAGUAUGGAGAUGUGUUGGUGAGGAACCUGAGGAAGGAAGCAGAGAAAGGCACGUCCGUCGACAUAAAAGACGUCUUUGGGGCCUACAGCAUGGAUGUGAUUACUAGCACAUCAUUUGGAGUGAAUAUUGAUUCGCUCGGCAACCCACAAGAUCCCUUUGUGGAGAAUGUCAAGAAGCUCUUAAGAUUUAGUAUCCUCGAUCCCUUUCUUCUCUCAAUACUACUCUUUCCAUUCCUUGUCCCAAUCCUUGAUGUAUUAAAUAUCACCGUAUUUCCAAAAAGUGCUGUGAAUUUUUUGACAAAAUCUGUAAAAAGGAUAAAAGAAAGUCGCCUCAAAGAUAAUCAAAAGCCACGUGUGGACUUUCUUCAGCUGAUGAUUAACUCCCAGAAUUCCAAAGAAACAGACAAUCAUAAAGCUCUCUCUGACCAAGAACUCAUGGCCCAGAGUAUUAUCUUUAUUUUUGCUGGCUAUGAGACCACUAGCAGUACUCUUUCCUUCCUUCUGCAUAUUUUGGCCACUCACCCUGAUGUCCAGCAGAAGCUGCAGGAGGAGAUUGAUGCAACUUUCCCCAAUAAGGCACCUCCGACCUAUGAUGUCCUGGCACAGAUGGAGUAUCUUGACAUGGUGGUGAAUGAGACUCUCAGAAUGUUUCCAAUUGCUAUUAGACUUGAGAGGUUCUGUAAGAAGGAUGUGGAAAUCCAUGGGGUGUCCAUUCCCAAAGGGAUAACGGUGACGGUGCCAAUCUCCGUGCUUCACAGAGACCCACAGCUCUGGCCAGAGCCUGAGGAGUUCCGUCCUGAAAGGUUCAGUAAGAAGAACAAGGACAGCAUAAAUCCUUACGUCUACCUGCCUUUUGGAGCUGGACCCCGAAAUUGCAUUGGCAUGAGGUUUGCUAUCAUGAACAUGAAACUUGCGAUCGUCAGAGUCCUGCAGAACUUCUCCUUCAAACCUUGUAAAGAAACACAGAUCCCCUUGAAAAUAAGCAGUAAAGGACUUUUAAGACCGGAAAAACCUGUUGUCCUAAAGGUUGUGCUCAGAGAUGGAACCAUAAGUGGAGCCUGACUUUCUCUAAAGACCUGGGCUUUGUUCUUCAAGGAGCUGUAUCCCAGAAUUUCAGGGGGCUUGAUUUACUUUGUGGUAAAACUCAGAAAUAAAGAUGGCCUUCAUCUAUUGCACUUGCUGGAUGACUAGGGUAUCUGCACAUUUGUUUAGCUUUCUCAGUUCCUGUGUUUUUAUAUAUUGUGUAACCUGGAAGAGGUGACUAAUGAGGGCCAGAUACGUACACUCAGCUUAUCUGAUUCUCAAAGGACCAUCUCCACCCACCUGCAAUUAGUAACAUCUACUCCAGAGCACUGAUCAAGAAAGCAAAUGUCUCAACAGUUUUAUUAGCAAAUUAAUGAAAACAAGAAUUAUUGUGGUGACUGAAGUUCUGACAUUUGUUUAUAUAUCACAGGUUUUAUUUUAUAUAUUCUAAAUCAAAUAUUCUAUUGAGCAGCUCUAUAAACAAGUCUUUACAAAAGUAUUAUUUGAUACUUUUAAUACAUCCUGCACUCUAGGGGGGACGUGUACAACGGAAUCAGGGAGAGCCAGUGACUAAAUACUCUUGGCCAUCACAAUCCCUGGUGGGUGGGGCCUUUUCAAAACUGCUAUUUGAUAUAUUACAUAGCUAAGAAUUAAUCCACAGUGAUUUUGUCCAUUUCUUAGAGAGUAUGUUCAUAGCUUAAAUCUAUGUUUUUUAAGCACAUAUUUUAUAUAACAACAGACACAUAUACUAUUAGCUUUGAUUAAAAAUUUUCAUCUCAUCUCCCAUGAUAUUUCUGGAAGGCAGGAAACAGGUUUUCUUGAAGUGUCUUUGUUUUCCACCCUCAACCCCCAACUGUCUUAAUACAAUAAACGUGGAAUAAAAGAUG